UCUAAUUUCACAGUUUUGAGUAGCCAAGCGAAAGUGUUCACAUUGAAUCGAAUUUUGUCCAGUUUAAAGGUUUCGUUUCAUUCCCGCGAAUCGUCAAGAGGAGAGUGAUCUAUAUCUGAGGGAGCGAAUUUAAUUAUGACAGUCAUUUAGAGACGUUUUAAAGCGAAGGGAGGUUUCAAAACCUUCAUCAAUUAGCCAUAUUGAAGACGGAAAACCCGCUGGGAGGAAGAGUUUUACACCGUUGAAAGCUAUGAGUUUUAUACGGUUUCUUCGUCUUCUCACCCGAAGAAAAGUUAUCGACAAUGAUCUAUCUAAUUCUCAGCUUCGCCGAUGUCUUGAUGUCUUCGAUUUAACUUCAAUUGGGGUCGGUGCGACGGUGGGAGCGGGUCUGUAUGUAGUCACUGGACAGAUCGCCAGAGAUGUCGCCGGACCAGCCAUCGUGUUGUCGUUCUUCAUUGCCGCUGUUGCCGCUUUCCUUUCGGGGAUUUGUUACGCGGAAUUUGGAUGCCGUGUCGUAAAGGCAGGGUCUGCCUAUGUGUACACCUACUCUUCUUUAGGUGAGAUAUGGGCAUUUAUCAUCGGCUGGAACAUGAUUCUAGAAUAUGUGAUCGGUACAGCUUCGCUCGGCCGCGCCAGCAGCGAAUACAUCGACUCCAUUGCCGGCGGAGCUAUUCGAAAAUUCUUUAUCGAAAACAUUGGGGCGUUUAAUGUAUCGGGCUUGGGAUCGUACCCGGAUUUUCUGGCUUUUAUUCUUGUUCUCUUGGUGUCCAUGAUCGUUGCCAGCGGAGCCAAGCACUCGGCUGUAUUCAACAAAUGCGUGACCACAGUAAACAUGCUGGUAAUACUCUUCGUGCUGGCUGUCGGCUUGUUCCAUGUCAACCCUUCCAAUUGGGCCGGCAGACAACAGUUCCUUCCAUACGGAGUGUCCGGAGUCCUGGCCGGUGCUGCGAGCUGUUUUUACUGCUUCGUCGGCUUUGAUGUGAUAGCAACAGCCAGUGAAGAGACCAUUAAUCCCAAGCGAGCCAUCCCUCUCUCUAUCAUGUUGUGCCUUGUUAUCAGCUUUCUUGCUUACUUUGGGGUUGCGUCCGUUCUGACACUGAUGGUGUCCUAUGACAAGCUCGACAAAUUCGCUCCCUUACCAGAGGCUUUCAAAGCAACUGGUAUCCCCGCAGCCAAGUAUGUUAUUGCCGUCGGAGGGCUGUGUGCGUUAGCAGGUUCGCUGAUGAGCGGCAUCUUCGCCGUCCCAAGGAUCAUGUACUCCAUGGCAAGCGAUGGUCUCCUUUUCAAGUUCUUUGCCAGGAUCUACGAGCGAACUAAUGUUCCUCUGAUCUCUAUCACCUUCGCAGGGGUACUUUCAGCCCUACUGGCCCUACUGCUAGACCUAAAACAACUAGUUGAGAUGUUGUCAAUUGGUACCUUACUCGCCUACACCUUGGUCUCUAUCUCUGUCCUUGUGUUGAGGUUCCAGCCUGGCGUCGAAGAUGUCAAUUAUGACGAAGAUACCCCGAGUUCUGUGCGAAGCUACAAAGUCAUCUGUUGCCAAAAGAUGCUGCCGGAAUCGAAAGGUGCCGAGUACAAGCCUUUGGAAAGCGUGGCGGAGGACAAGAACCAAGAAAAUAAAGCUUCGGAAGAACCAUCCACAUCAACAAGUCAUAUUGCCAACGCCGCUAUCUCUCUUCAGGUCGUGGGUCUCGCUGGUUUCUGUGCGCUGCUGAUAGCAGGAUGGGGAGAUUUAGACGACGGCGAGGCAUGGGCUGUAUUCACAGCUGUUUUCCUUGGAAUUCUCAUAAUAUUUGGAUUUGUAGUGAUGCAGCUUCAACCUAAAAACAGAGCGAGAUUCCCUUUCAAGGUUCCCUGUAUACCGUGGCUUCCCAUUGCCAGCGUUGUGGUAAAUCUGUUCCUGCUACUCAAAUUGUCCGUUUGGACAUGGGUACGAUUCAGUGUUUGGAUGAUUUUAGGAUUUGUUAUUUACUUUGGCUAUGGAAUAAGGAACAGCGCCGAAGGAAAUCCGAAGCAAGACACAAACGACAACGAUUUUAUCCUUCAAGGAACACCAGAUGUGAAACAAGAUGUACACCAAGUUCAGCCCAGUCGCGAAACCGAUGACAAAGAACCUUUAGCAGCAAGCUUCAGUGAUCCUUCCUAGAACUUGAAUGUCUCGGAACUGUCCUUCGUAGUUGGUUUGUUAAUGUCACGCAACGAUGUCACGAAAUCAGGCUCCCAACAUCGUUACGUGACAUUUCUCUAGAGGGCUGCAACGGAAACUAUUCAUUUGGUUAAAAAAUUUGAAUCAUGGGUUAAAAUAUUAUUAUUUUAUGAACAUAUUAUCAGUUUUUCAGAAACUUGUGCGUUUUGGCAGACUUGUCGUUGUCCAAAAUGUCCUCAAGAUUAAUUAAUUUUUCGAAUAAAUAAUUUUUCUUUGUUCUGUCGAUAAUAUAUAUGGCCACUCCUCCUUGACGCAAUAUCCAUGCAAUUUUGCAUGGAUAUUGGAUAAAGUGUGGAUGUUGGCUAGUGUUUAAGAUUUAAUUCAUGUUGUAAAUAUCAACAAAUGGCAAUAAUUGUUCUAGAACACAUAAUAUGCUCGCUGACUGGGAGAAAUACUGUCGUAAAAUGAAACGAAAGUUUGUUUCACAAAAUGUUAUUAAUUUUGAGCGAAUAUGUCUUCAGGGUACUGAAAUCGAUAAAAUUCUCCUCCAAGAUUUAAUUUGUAUUAUAUUUUUGUUCCUGUAAACAGUGGCAGAGACCAAAGAGUUUAAUAAUAUUUAUUUUUAAAUUCAAGAAAAAAGAUAUGGAGCAUGAAAAAUUCCAUUUGGCUAGUCGUAGUUUCCGUUGAGAAACUACUAUUUUACAGACUUUUGAAUGGUUGAGAGUAUUCGUUGUAUGCUUGCAGAAAAGGUGCCAUUUUUUAAGGGUUGUUGGAGGGGAGGGGGGGUAUAGAGGCGUGCGAGAAGAGCACGAGGCGGAGUCACACGCACGCGCAGGUAGAUGGUCGCGCGAAAAAGCCUCUCCUCGCCUUCGCCUCGUGAUUGCCUUCGCUCGCCUGAUAAUCACAAAACGAAACGACACCUUAUCUACAAGCUACAGUAGCAUAAAUUUCUGCCAAUGUGAACAGUUUUCAUACUGUUUUUCCUUUGAUAUUAUUUACCACAUAUGCGUGACAUUUUGUUGUGAAAGUCAUCUUUCCUUAUAGUAAAGUUUGAAUUUGGGUCACUCAGUUUGGAAGUAUGUCAGUACAUUUUAGGAAACACUUGAGAAAUAUGGGUUUUAAUAAGAUACAUGAAAAAAACUACUCUGUUCCGAUUGGUUAAGAUAAAUGCAGUUUUCAGGUGACUCAUUACAGAAGAGGGUGAAUUCAGUGCAAAGAAGUAACAAACCAGACUGAACAAUUCCUAGAACUGUUUAGCCGGAUUUUGAACUUUUUUGCGCCUUAAGGAUGUGAAAGAAUCAUUGUAAAUUAUUGUUUUGACCGACGCGGUUAUUUUGGCCGAACGCUGUGUUUGAAUAAAUUAUUUUCACAUUUGAUGCGCGCGCUUUGCUUCUGCGUUAUUAUGAUAAGCUAUCUCGUAUUUUUUCAUGUAUAUUAUUAAAACGUAAUCUCGUGAUUUUUCUCGUGCAAUUUGGAAUAAACAAGCACUUGUAAAUUUUUUCAAAGACCACAAAUUGCACUUACCCAACGGGCUCGUGCACUUUUGUUAGUCUUUGAAAAGAUUUACUAGUGCUUAUUUAUUCCAAUUUCACUCGAAAUCAUGUGAUUGCCUACACAAAAAAAAGAUUCGUUUGAGGUGUAAAAUACCAACACAUUUAUUUUAGUAAAGGAUUUUUGACCACGAUUGCGCAAAUAAAUUGCGCCGUUUGUGCCUCUUAGUACAUCUUACUUUUUGCUGCCCGAUGGUUUAGUACAGAAAAAGUUUAUCACCCAUGGUGAGCCGCUCAAAGGUUUCAGCUGGCAUGGGCUGCAUGUACUGCAUGUACUGGUUCAAAAUUAGUUUCACUUAUGGGAUUAUUUUAAUUUAUCUUCAUUAACUUGCUUUUUUGUUCUGCAUAGAAUCAUGAAGCUGGAGAAAUGCAUCAUUUUAAAAAAUGGUGACAUGUUAUAUUUCUCUCUCACGGCGUAAACAACUAAAUAAAAUAAUUUGUGGGUUGGUUAAAAGGAGUUAAAUAUAACUGAUAUCUCGUUUUAGAAUUCUGUAACGGGUGUUAAAUAAAAUUACUGGUGCUGA